UCAAACCCUGAUGAGUAGCAGAGAAUCUCCCAGGUCGGCUCCUCCCCAGAUUUUAUUUCUUUUUUUAAAUGAAUCGUGUGUUGUUGUUAUUAAAACUUAUACGUCAUUUUACUGUUUGCCGAUCCCGUGUUUUGAACAGGAAAUGGCGGGUUGAGGGAGGACUACUUAUUAGAAUCCUCCACCGCCUUACUUUCUACUGAUAUUUUCAGUUUCUCCAAUGUCGGCUUUUACCUUGUCCGUACCAACAUCUGUCUGUAUAUAUGUAUACACAUACAUACAUUCUUCUUCCCCAAGAUUUCAUUUCUUCCAUCUCCCCUCUUAUCGUCGUCUUCUUCUCAAUUUACUCUGUUUUUUUUUUCCGUAAAAGAGAAAAAGAAAAGGGAAAUGAACCCAGAAGAGAAAAACCCAUUUUCUUCUUCUUCUUCUUCUUCUUCUUCUUCUUCUUUUUCGACUUUCCGGAGACCUGAAACUCCUCCGCUACCGUCCAAUACGACACCGUUUUCAUCUGAGAUGGAUCCCGGGUUCCCUGUUUUGUCUCCUCUGUCUAUGGCGUUUCCGGACCCGCAUUUUUUGGGCUCCGGGUCGUUUCCCGACCCGAUAAGCCAGCACCAAUACGGUGCCGUGUCGUCGGCGGAGGGAUUCAGUAUGCCGCAGCCGCUGGAGUGUUUGCAGGAGACGCCUAUACCGCCGUUUCUGUCGAAGACGUUCGAUCUGGUGGAGGAGCCGUCGCUGGACCCGAUCAUAUCGUGGGGCCCCAAAGGGGAGAGCUUCGUGGUGUGGGACCCGGUGGACUUCGCCAGGGUGAUUCUGCCUCGGAACUUCAAGCACAACAAUUUCUCCAGCUUUGUUCGUCAGCUCAAUACAUAUGGGUUUCGAAAAAUUGACGCUGACAGGUGGGAAUUCGCUAAUGAGGGGUUCUUGAGAGGGAAGAGGCAGCUGUUGAAGCACAUCCAGAGGCGAAAGUCUCCCGGGGGCGGGGGUUGUUCUCAACAGCACACGGGUGGAGUGGAAGGGGAGGUGGAGAAAUUGAGGAAGGAGAAGAGAGUGAUGAUGCAGGAGGUGAUUGAGUUGCAGCAGCAGCAGCGUGGCACGGUUCAGCACAUGGAAGCAGUAAAUGAGAAGUUGCAGGCUGCAGAGCAGAGGCAGAAGCAAAUGGUUUCUUUCCUGGCUAAGGUGUUUCAGAAUCCCAAAGUGUUGGCCCGGCUUCAGGAGCAAAGGACCAUUGCAGCCUCUGCGAGAACAAUGAAGAAGAAGUUUGUGAAGCAUCAGCCACACAAUAAUCCCGAGCCUUCCAUGGAAGAAGGGCAGAUUGUCAAGUACAAGCCUCAAGUGGUGGAAGAAACAAAUAUGAGUACAAGCAUGCCAAUGCCAUUUUCAGAUGAACAUGAAUACCUAGCUGAAGAAGAGGAGGGGGUUUUCGGACUGGAUCCUAUAUUCAAAGGGAAGAAUGUUGCAAGUUCUCCACCACCCGAGUACUUAGUUUCUUUCCCCGGCGACCAAUGCGAAUCAGGGAAGGAGAACAACAUCCCAGAAUUGGUUCCAGCAGAGCUAGAGAGUAUUAUGGUUAAAGAAGAGGAAAUUUGGAAUAUGGGAUUUCAAGCUUCAGCUGGUAUGCCAAGUUCUAGCCAUGAGUUGUGGGGCAAUCUUGGGAGCAGCUACACUGAUAUUGCAAUUUCAGAUAUGUGGGAUAUUGAUCCAUUGCACACUACCACAAGUUCAGGUAUAAUAGAACAGUGGCUGGGUGAUGAUUCUCCUCUUGCCCAGCCUCAGCCUCAGCCCAGAGAUGAUAAUUCUAAGAAAUCCGAUCCUUAAGGCCGGCCUUCAGCUUCCAUACUUAAGCUUGAUUAUAUAACUUUUUAUUAUGAUCUCAGGUCGUUCAGUUGA